GCUAGCUAGCUAGCUCGUACUGAAGUCCAUCAUGCUGAGUUUCAGUGUGUCUCUCCUGCUAGCCUGUCUUCUGGCUCUUUGUCCAGUCCAGCGGUCCUGGGGAGCCAUUAUUGAAGUGCCGAAGUUUCACGACAAUCCCGUCAGCUUCGCCUUCGAUCAUCACCCCUCAUCUAGCGCUGGAGCCGAGCCUUCUCCCCGGGAGUGGAAAAGGCAGGCGGGUCAACUGCCGCACAUAGACGGGACGCAUCAGUUCAACGACGGCAAUCAGUACGGCAGAAUCUACUAUGCUGGAGGCAGCAGUCAAGUGAUUGUUGUGCUCAGUUAUGAUGUCCUCAAUGGAAUAUCAUAUCGCUCCAACCUGUACAGGUCAACUAACUAUGGCAGUACCUUCACUAACAUCAAUGGACAAGUGGGCAGUGCCACUCUCUUUCAGUACUUCUACUGGAGUGGAGAUACCUUGAUAUUUGUCCAUUCUACUGAGUCCAAACUAUCCUACUCCAACGACCAAGGAGCAACAUUUACUACAGUAGAUCUCGACCCUCCGACCCUCGUUACUACAACUGUUGUCUACCAUCCUACUAGAGAUGGCUGGAUGCUAAUGAGAGAUUCAACUAGAAACACACUGUACUUGAUAGAGGACUAUGGCAAGACACUGAAAGAAGUCCAAGAAAACGUUCACUUCUACCAGUGGGGUGAUGCAGCCUGGGAUGAUGACGAUAGGAGGGUCUAUUUCACAACCGCGGACCCUAAUCCAAAUUCUGACAUUGAGGAUGAAACAGUCAACCUCUACGUAUCUGACUACCCGUACACCGGGGGAUCUAGCGAGUUUGAUAAAAACCUCGGAGACCACGAUGGGUUCUUGUUGGUCGGUCGCUACAUAUUUGCUCAGCGGACAGACGACGGGAGUCAUUGGUCUGCAUGUGAGCGACAGACGCAAGCCGUUUAAGAGGGCCAUGAUACCAGUACCUGAUGAACAUCGCAACUACCUAGUGAUCCGUAUCAACGACGUGCAAGCUCUAGUGAUAGUGGAGCACGCGGGAGGUUUCUACAAUCUCUACCUGUCAGAUGAGUCCGGAGUCUACUACAGCCUCUCUCUACGAGACCUUGUCAUUGACAGCGACUACAACAUUGAUCUGGAGCUGAUUGAGGGUCUCAAUGGGACACUGGUAGCCAACCAGUACACGAGAGAAGACACGUCAGACCUGGCCUCUUCCAUUAGAACGGUCAUCUCACUGGACAAUGGCGGAUUCUGGGAGGGAUUACUGCCUCCUGACGAGGACAUAAAUGGCGACACAAUAAACUGUGAGCCUCCAAACUGCUCCCUCCACCUCCACAUGGACUCCACCAACUACGCCAGAUUGGGAGUCUACUCCACCGAGUCUGCCCCUGGGAUUAUUGUGGCUCAUGGUACCAUUGGUAUUGAACUGAGUACCAACCCAGAUCUGUUCAUCUCUCGCGACGGCGGCGUCACGUGGGAGCAGACGCUCGCCGGGAGCUGGGGGGUUAACCUGGCAGAUCACGGAGGGUUAAUGGUGGCCGCCAAAGACUACCACCAGGAACAGUCCACGGUCCUCAAGUACAGCUGCAACGAGGGCUACAGCUGGAGGGAUUUCACCUUCAGCUCCACUGAUAUCACGGUCUACGGUGUGGUCACGGAGCCAGGCCAGCACACUACCAUCAUGAGUUUAUACGGAGGCUCGUGGGACAAUUUCAAGUGGACCGUCAUUACCGUGGAUUUUGCUAACAUCUUCCCCCGCCAGUGUGACGACCAAGACUACUAUGACUGGAGACCUUGGGACGAGAGAACAGAGAGUCAGUGCCUUUUGGGGAGCUCCAUCACGAUCGAGAGACGAAAGCCUCAGAUCUGUUGUCUCAACGGACGAGACUACGACCGGGAGUUUGACUACCACAUCUGUGACUGUACCAGUGAGGACUACGAGUGUGAUUAUGGGUUUGCUCGACCAAUGUAUGACUACUACGCUCCCUGUAUGAGAGACCAUGCCAUUGAACUGCCCAAUCCCUGUGCCGAUGGAAAGAAUAAGACCUACAUGGCCAAUACUGGAUAUCGGAAGAUAGCAGGAGACGUGUGCACUGGAGGAGAGGAGAUAUUAUUCCAGCGUUUCGAGGCUCCGUGCUGUGGCGAUGACACCCUCCCACCUUUCUUCCCUCCCCCCAAUCAACCUGCUGCAGGUCAAACUGUGAGUGGGAAGGUAGCAUCGAAGGGUCCGUUGGCUGCAGUUGGUGCUCUACUGGGAGUGGCCUGUCUGAUGGCGCUAGUGUUCCUGGCUAUGUUUAUCAUCGUCACACUUAAGUACAGAGCAACAACGAGGAACUACAUUCGUGUGGCAACAGCUGAAGAACCAGCUUUGUUUGGCAGCUCACAGCAAGACACUCCCGAGAACCUUGCCUCUAUGGCAGGUGAAGAAGAAGAUGACAAACCUCUCAUACCCUAACAGUGGCCCCCUGCAGCAGUUGGCUCAUCUGCUACCCCGGGGCUGUGUAGCUGCUAUGCUGAUCCGAAACACAAAGGCAACGUCCUCUGGAAGAAAUUCAUCUCUGACAUUGAGCAAGUGCCCACAGAUGAAGUCCCAUUACCUCAUCCAGGAGCAGUAGACUUUUCUACCACCAUAGGCGAAAGUGAGGGUGAGGUAUUGGAGAAGGCACUACACAGGAUGAGCGAGAGAGUCAAACAGAGGAGGGUGCUCACCUUCCAGGACUUUGACAAGUACCACAAUGAUAUGUGACAUGCAGUCAGUUUAGACAGUGUCUUUCCUAUCUUGGACUGAUAAAGAUAAAGCUUAUGGGAAAUGAGGUAUGGAGACAGUAAACCUUCAAUUCUUGGAGCAUCUACAGCCCACAGAGAGACUGGAAGACAAGUAUCAGACGAGAAUUGCCCAGCUCUCUACCAGACACACACAAACUACACCUGUGCUGCUGUUGUUGUGCGAGGUGAUGCUGAAUCUGUCGCUGGAGACAAAAUCAACGACAAAAGUAAGGAACGAGUGCGUGUGCUGGAGUUCAUGAGGGACUAUGACAAACUUCGCUCGGUCGUUAUCCCUGCAAACCUCCUUCCGUCGAGCCUCUGGACUUGUGUGGCUUCGUGCUCGGACAAGAAGAAGUCACUGCUCUCGAGAAAAUGUACCAAUCACCCAAGGACCCUAGCCAAGUGGAGUACAUGAGGUUCUCUGACGAGAUAGAGUCGGUCUUCACCAGGAAGGACCUGGAGAAGAUGCCCACUGCGAGGUGGUUCAGUUUGUGCCGCCAGUCGGGGUCAACUGUAUGUUCUGAGUCCAGAGAAGAGCAGACACUGCAGAAGACCAUGCACAGACUGGCAGAGAGGGUACGGGUACGUCGUAUUCAGAUAUUCCCUCUCUUUGAAGACUACGAUAGAGUCCACAUUGGCAGUGUGACUCGCUCACAGUUCCACCGAGUUCUGAGUGAACUGGAGAUGGGUGGACUGGUGAAUGCCAUGGAGUUCCAGAUCCUCUACCGCAAGUUUGAUGUGAGAGUUGGAGGAAGAAACGACGUCAACUACAUCAGCUUCUGUCAGAUGAUUGAUGACUAUGCACAGACUCGUUGGACCGACCCAGCACUCAAGUGACUCGCAGUUUGUUGCAAAAACUCAUUAGGACUCUGUGCUCAUUAAGGUGUCACAUGUCACAUGCAAUUGAAAGCCAUCUUGUUGUAUCGUAUUGGUUUGUGGGGAAA